CUGAAGAGCGUGCGAAUGGAACGAAAGAGGCAUUGGAACUCGCUGCGAUCCUCUCGAGAGAGUGUCACCCCUUUCACCCUAGACUCAUUUCACUCGAAACCACUCAAGAUGUGAUGUGACAGGGUGAGUUGAGGUGGAGGGCUCGUAUCCCAUCCCCGAGAGGACCAAAAACCAGGAUAAAUCAUCAUCGUAUUCUCCAACGACUGGAGUAUCGCUCAAAAAUCGCUCACAAAUCGCUAACAAUUCACUGACAAUUCCCUAAAAAUCGCUGACACCCUCGACCGGGCCCUCUCAAGCUCCACUCAGCAGGAAAAAGCCCAGAGGUGCCUGAAUUUUUAACAGUGAGAUUGACAGAAUUAACGAGGGUGAGUGGUUUGUGUUUGGUGGCACACGGUAGGCAGACAUGGAAUAGUCGAUCGAUUUGCCAGAGUGUGUGCGCGCCCUGGAGGGACGCAAAGCCUGGAUUUAAAUAGAGUUAAUAUUGGAGAAUGGCGUCAGGAUUGCCGAGCGGUCAUCAAAAGAAGCUUGGACCAGCGCCGAUAGCAUCUUUCGAGGAUCUAUCCGACGAAGUGGAAAACGGAGAAUCGACGGCACGAAUGCCGGGGAUCGUGGAGGUGACCACCCCCGUUACACCUGGGAGUUCACUUAAGACACCUAGUACACCGAGGAUUGACAUCAGUCGGGCUAGCAGCUCUUCUCAUCAUGAGGACAGCAACAAUUCGAGAGAGUCGUCACCUGAGAGGGAGUUACUCGCAGGGGCUGAUCCUCCCACUGGAUGUAAGCUAACCCUGGGUUACAAAGAGGACGUGCAAGAUCUGCGCUCCUCAACGGAAGAGCUCGACCUCCAAGAUCCAGUUCACGCUCAAGACCUGAAGAGAGACGCGAAAAGAGCACGCCGAAGAAAAGAGGAUGGAACCCAAUCGGAAUGUGGUGGUAGUUUAAAACAGGAAAGAGAGAGAAAAGACAGCAAUUGCUCGGAGAUAAUUCUCCUGAACAUAAGUGGUAGAACUUCACGAUUGUCUUCCGUCGGUAGCCAAGGGUCUGGAGUCUCUGGUAAACUCUCAGUCGUUUCAGCCACGUCUUCCAGGUCGCCGAGUCCGCACAAGUGUCUGCUGGAGACGUCAUUUUGUGGCAGCAAGCCAACAUUGGCAGACAAUCUUAUUGAACCCUCCAAGCCAGAGACCGAUGACCUGGAGAAGAUUCUAUUGAAACGCGAGGCUGACACGACAAAGGCACUUAUUCCCGAGACCAUAAAGGUGCCAAUGGUCGGUGGUAAUCUAAAGCCAGACCCACUGGACAAACCACGGAGGCGUGGACGAGAAGAGAGAAAGGAAAUUUUUAAACGUGAAGUUGAAAUAACUAAGAAAGUCCUGGAGAAGGUCAACAUCGAGGUGCCAAUAAUAAGGAAGCCACCGCCCCAUAAGGAUCCUGAUGAGCAAUCCAUUAGGUCCUGUCAGGAGGUACAGAAGCCUGCGACCCUAGAUUUGAACGAUAAACGGAAGAAAGUUCAGAAUUUUAAGGAUGUCGUGCAGACAACACCGAGUAUUGGGAGUUUAUCGGGGAGUCCCAAAUUACCGAGGCAUCAAAAAGUCAGGGAAUUGGAAGGCUCGAGAACACCUAGUCCGUCAUCAGUAUCACGAAAGAGUAGUUUUGCUUCAUUAUUCAAGAGUAGAGCAGACGGCAGCGUCUUGAGCCCAGAGUCACCCACCCCAACCACAAAACCACGUCGCAGUAUAACAUCAAAAAUAAGAGACACAACAGAAAGUUUACGAAGUCGUUCGAAAUCGAGGGAACGAGUCUCAGUGGACAAGGGUUCAACGCAAAAAAACAAAAACGUAUUCACAUCGACAUUGAGUUUAUUCAAAAAACGAGAACGAAAGAAAAGUACAGACGACUUGGCAACUCCAGAGCACGACGCAGCAUCUGGCAACACAUCCCUAGAUAGUAUUGGACACGUGGAGUUUCGUUUCGAGGGAGACAGGCCCGGGAGAAACGAGGACUCAAUCUUCAUCAGCCUCCACGCAGACUCCAGGAACUACGAAGAAGCUCUCCCAUCCGAGAGUGUCUCGAUCCCCUUGGAGACGCCGACAAAACUACUGGACGAAUACGAUAACGAACCUAGAACAGGUAGUAUCAUAACAGAAGCAUCGAUCGAGCAUCGUGCAUCAGUGACGAGGAUAAGAACAGAAGCGAGAAUCGAGUCAUCAGUGACGAGAGAAGACUCCCAAAGUCCCCUGCCCCAGAGUGCAUCAAAGGACUCUGAAAUAUCGAAAACCUCCUCAAGAGAUUCCAGAGCAAGUAUUCAAACGGCAAAGCACAUCGAUGUACAGUCAAGACCAGCAUCCAGUCAUGAGCCAAAACCACCGGAGGAUGUGAGAAUCCCAUCAAGUUCCUCUCGAGACUCGAUCGAGCCACGAAAACCAGAUAUUCCAAAACCAAAACGAAAGAGUAAAGAGGUGAAGGAACUCGCCCAACCCAUAGAGAAACCAGAGAGAACUCAUCAGCUUGCUCAGCCUCCGAGAGAGCCAAAGAACCUAGAAGAGCCCUCACGACUCGAAGAGACUCUAAAGCCACUCGAAAGCCUGGUGAAAACUCCAAGUGUCGUCUCUGAUUUGGAUCACAACAGCUCUGAAUCCGAACGAGACUCUGAGAUCGAUUUCAUCAGGAACAAGGCUGCCAAACCGGUUGAAGAGUUGCCAGACGAGAGAAAAGGAUUAUUCAAUGAAGAGAGCUUCGAGGAGGACCUCCCCUACGUGCCAACGACCCUGCCUCUAGAGAAAAGUGUUGCUGUACCAAUGCUCCCCGUGAAACAACGUCUCCAAGAAGUGAAAACGAUACCAAUAGAGCGGCCAAGAUCCACAACACCAAUAAAUCCAACUCUCCUCGAUGAAUUUGUCCUGCAAACAGCUCACGACGAGAAGAGAACUGAUAGAAUGAAGAUAUCAUUACCCAGGGAAGACAGUUUCAAGCUCAAAAGCCCGAGAAAACACGUGACAAAUACAUUCAGUGAAUUUGCUGGAAGAGUGGCACCUGAUUCGAAACGAAGUGGAAAAACACCGAGUCCACCACCACCACUGCCUCCACGAGCCUCUGCCCCUCGUCCCAGCAACUGGAUAAACUUCGAGGAGAUACCCGAGAGGCGAAAAGCUCCCAAGCGAAUCCAGACAAUUCCCCGUGCUGAGGAUGAGGCCAAAGGUUACAGUUAUGUACAACCCGAGGAGUGCAGGUGUGAGUGUCACGAGGAAUCGAGAAGAGCUUCCACGAGGGAUCCAACAGCUGGUUCAAGUGCACCAGCUCCAUCUGUCACUAGGACAUCGUCGUGCAGCAGCAGUAAUGGCGAGCGCAAUUGCAAUGGUGAAAAUUGUAAUGUACCAAGCAGCUCUGGUGAUCGUGCCAGUAUCGUCAGUGACAGCUCCUUGGAGUGCAGCUUGAGUAUAGAGGAGACAGCUGGUACACAGGCACUACUUGGUACUGGAAAGCCAUUCUCCAUGGAUCUUGAUGUUGGCUCUAACAGAUCGAGUAUCAUAUCCCAGGAGGAGACUGACGACACCCCUCAGCCAUAAUCAAUAGUGUUUUUAUUUAAUUCGAGUUUGUUCACAUCAUUGAGUACUAUUGAGUACUAUUGAGUACUUUGAGUGCUUUGAGUGCUUUCAGUUUGUUGUGCUCGUUGUCAGUGAAGCUGUGACAGUUUUUUGUGAAAUGGUUCUCCUGGACAAGUGUGACACGGGCUGGAGACUUUGUGAACAUUUAGUGUAACGAGUUUGACCUACAUUAGUUAUUGGGUUAGUAGAGUGAGAAAAAAAAAUGAAUUAAAGGACAAAAGUUUGGAUGGGAGAAUUGGGUCGACGUGGCUGGUAGCAACUGCAACGAUUUAAACUCGAUGAAUGGCUACAUCAGGAGGGAAUCGAUAGUGGUCGUUGGUUUUGCUUGGAAAUUGUACACUCGGCUAAUUUCGUAAGGGAGCUUAUUUUUUCUCGGUUUAAUUGUAGAGCACUGAAUACAUUUAAUCGAUUAUUUGAAGCUUUUGGGGGGAGUUGGAACGGGAGAUAAUUGAGGAGUGAGCAUGCUCGUGAAUUUUAAUUCAUCAUUCAACUAGCUGGUCUAAAAUUGUUAUUCAUCGUAAAAAAACGGAGACCAUCACUUUGAAAUUAAGAUUAAUCUAAGCACGCGUACUGCGUCGAGCCUUUAGCAGGUCCAAAUGGAAUUUUUCUUGAAAGAUAUUGAGUAUAUGAAGUGAAUACAUAACAGUUGGUAUUUAAGACUGCGAUUACAAUGCGAUAGGGUCAUCGACGCGAAUUAUAGAAGGAAAAAUCAAAUUAAUGGUGAAAUAACCUGAAAUAUUCUGGUAAUAGAGUUACAUCCUCUCGGUACUUCAAUCAUCACUACGAUUAUUCGUUACAUCGCUCUCUCUCUGCUCAAGAAAAUUUCUGGAUUAUUUUCCCUCGACUUUGAUGAGAUGAAAAUUUAAAAAAUCCUAGUCCAUCCCUCGUUACCUCCUAGGCGUAUUUUCUAUUAUGAGAGGACUCUAUUGUGUUCAAUCAUACGGUUAAAGAGAAAUAUUUCGAGUGUGUGACUGCGUGAGGAUUUUGCCAUUUCGUGUGAUCACGCGGUUUUAGAAUUAAACGAUAUUCCCCCAAUUACGAUGAAAUUAUAAUGAGAGAAUUGCGCGCAUUAUACCGCUAUUGAUCCCAUGACAAUCACACGGCAAUUGAUCACAGAAAAUAUUACCACAUUACGAUUAUAUCACGCUAUCAAAUAGACGCAUCUUCACACCAGAUCUAAAUGAUAAUUAAAAUCCAGGAAUAGAUAAUAGAAAAAAAUUAUCUUUCCCUUUAUUUAUAAUUUGACAUUUGAUGUAUUGAACGGAAUAAUCAACGACAUAGUUUAAAAAAAGUAUAUGAAUAAUGGUGGGAAACUAAACGAAGACUGCAAUUCAGAAAUAGAUAAUCCAGAAUAAUAAAACUCUUCCCUGAAAUGCCACUAUAUUAUUCGCCAUUAUCGACCCGUGAUCAAAAUAACCCGUAAUAAAAGAUUUCGUGACAAAUUACCCAUGUGAUCCAUUAUUUGGAAAUCAAUGGUCCUUGUGAUGAAAUUUGUGAUCAUUUGUCUUGUGAUAUCAAUUCUCCGGGGAAAUGGAAUGAGGAGAUGAAUGUGGUAAUCGCUACAUUAGUAUUUUUCUCCCAGUGAAUUAAGCGUUGUAUUAAAUAGAGUGAAAUUUAUCUAGCUCUUUCUGGCCUUGUCACGCGGAGAAAACUCUCUUAGAGCUUGCGAGGUUUCAUGAAAUGCCAAGUUAUCUCCUUGUAUAAUUUCCCUGAAGAAAUGCAAGACGACAAAUCCUCGGUGUCAACAUGGGGAUGAAAAUUCUGUUGACAAAUGGGAUAUGUCCUGGUGGAAUAAAAGUCUUUUCACCUGCCUGUGGUUUCUCAAAAUACGAUGCUACACCGAGUAUCAGACUUGUUGAACAUUUUUAAAUCGUACCUGUCGUCUUGCGACUUAUCCCACAGUCCUGUUCGUUGUAACGAGCCAAAGGAAUGGGAAUAACAGAGUGGAAGCGUUAGAUUAUCUUGAAGAAUUAAAAACCAGUCGACAGACUCGAAAGACAUCCUAGUUAGUUCCACAUUAGUGGAUCAUGUAAUAAAUUGAAUGCUGUUUCAUUGAUUUACCCUUUUUUUUAGAAUUUUGGUGUCUAGACAAGAAAGUGAAAGAUUCAAAAAAAAACUAUUAUAUAUAAAAUUUUAAAGAAUAUACCGAUAUAUUAUAUGAAUACCAAUGCCUCAGGCUGUCGAAUGCGCCUCGUUAUGAAAUAAUUCUUGAAAGGAAAUGAAUACUGUAAACGUGAAAACGGGAGAUAGACAAAACACUCACUCUGAUCCUUGUUGAACGUUAUUUUAUAUAAACCAAUGUGAACACACUUUUUUUAUCCUGUUUGAUAUCAUUUUUUUUUUGUAUUUUUUACUAUCAUUUGCUCUUUGCAUUCCCUCAGGAAUUUAAAAGAACGAGAAUUUUCUCGCUGAACUCAAGUCUCUGAUUCGUGCGUGUGAGCUCACGAUGAAAAUCGAAUAUUUAUCGAUUGAACAAUCUAUUGAGAAGUACGAAUAAAAUUUAUUCAAUUGACGGAGCUCAUACCGAUAUGUUUACCGAUUAUUUUCAAUAAUUAAGAUUAUGAAAAACGGAUGAAAAAUAUCUAAAUGUUUCUAAUGUUAUGUAAAUAAGACUCGGUUUAUUAAAACCAAAGAAUGAAGAGAGAAUGAUCACAGAAACAAGAACAAAGAACAGUGGAAAUGAUUGGUGAGAGAAAUUUGUCGUGUGAUGAAGAGAAUUUUGGUUUCAUUCGAACAUCACAUUCGAGAGACAAAAAAAAUAAAAUGUUUAUGUGUUUUGAAAUUUUCUCGUUCGCAUCAUUACUUUUUCCCCAUCUCGUGAAAUUAAUGAAUAAAUUAUUCAAGGCGGAACUGAACUUUUUUUUUAAGUAAAUUUUAUCAUGA